AUGGCUGAACAAGUACAUUUUGACAGUGAAAAGCCAAGUAGUGGUGUUUGCACUUUGUCUAAAAAAACGCAAAAGUUGGUACAGGCAGCAUCUGUUAUAUCAGAAACAUUAAAGUCACUCGAAAGUAGUAUACUUGCACAGACUGCAAAGUUGACUCCAUCGAGGGAUGUUGGUCCAAAUACACGGUUGCCUGCUGCAUAUACGCUUGUUCAUACAACAUCAACUUCAAAAGAUUCUGUUGUAUCCAAACCAGUAGAUUUAGCGCCUGUAUUCAUUCAGUCACACGAAACACUGUCCUCAGUUUCACCCAUGCCAUCUGUAUCCAAUCACCCCGUUUUUGAGACAGUCACAAGCAUAAAAGCUGAUACUCCAACAACUGUUGCUCCUGCCGAGUCCAUCAAAAACAAUGUUUUAAACCAGUCGCAUGCCGAACCACAAAACGUAGUAUCUGACAAAUCAGAAGCAUCUAAAUUACUCAAACCGCCUGUUCAUCACACAGCUACGCAUAGAGGUGAAAAUAUCAUUUCCAUUUUCUCAUCUAAUGGAAACGAAAAACUUGCAUUGGAAUCAUCCGAACCAAUUCAAAAAGUAACCCAGGAAACUACUGAACACAUUUCAGAACCCAAGUCUAAUUUAUUAGAAGAGUCGGUUUGUUCUGCUGCAAAGAUGAUUGAACUUUUGAAUGAAAAUCGAGAAUUACGCAACUUGAUUGACGCAUCACAAAAAACAAAUGAAUCUGGUACUCAUCACUCAUCACAAUCCACCAUGGAUACGCAGACUCAACCCCUACCUAUCAAUCAGCCUGUAUCACUUGCAAGUCAAACCAAGCAUGUUUCUGAAAUGGUACCAUGGCAGGACAUGCAAUUUCCUCCUCGUCACAAAGAAGUCAAAGAUCUCCAGUUUCGUAUUGCCCAACUUGAAAGUCAACUCAUUACAGUAAAAUCACAACGACAAGAUGCCAUCCAUCAAUCCACCAUAUUGUCAUCAAAAUGUGAUUCUAUGCAUGCUCACAAUCAUGAGCUUCAAAUGAGAGUAUCUAGACAAGCGCUCGAAAUGAAAUCGCUUUCAGAACAAAAUGAAAUGCUGAGAAAGGAAAGUCAACGUGCUAUUGAACGGGAAAACGCACUAAACGAUCAGAUUAGUAAACUUGCCAAGAAUUUGGAUGCUGCACAGAAAAACUGCGAAUCUAGUCCAACGCGUAGAGUUCAAUCUGAGGUGUUGCCGAUUACCGUACCUUUAACAUCCACGUUUACUCCAGCACCUGAUACUACAUCCCCAUCAGUUCCAGUUUCAAUACAACCGACAGUAGUUUCGCAGCAAAGCACAUCAAGCUCUGUUUCAGCAAAAAUAAGCAUGAUGCAACUUAUUGAUGAGCGCAUAAAGUGGACAUCUACUACAACUGUAGCAUAUCGAUCUGCAGACGUAGCAGGUCAAACUGGUGGGAUUGAACUACUUCGACAGCUUGAUACCAUCUCGACAUCAUUUCACACAUUUCAACAAAUGGUUGAAUCCAUUUCAACAAUUCCAAAUGUUCAUGUGGUAUACCUUUUGAUUGCCCAAGUGGUUGAAACCGUGUGGACCAUGGCAAAAAGUAUUUGCUUUGUAUUUGACGAGUCGCUCAUGAUUGAUGGGCGAAUUGAGCGAAUACGUGGGGAGAGUAGUCAGGUGCGGUUGAUAACUGAACGUACAAUCCAUGACAUGACAACCCGAUUCAAAACUGAAUCAGUUUCCAUGCAACACGAAAUGGAUACUUUAAAGCACCAACUUCAAAAUGCACUUAAAGAACGUGAUGCACUACAAAUGUCUGUUGUAGAUUUAAACAGUAGCAUGAAAUCACUUGUUGCAUCGAAUACAGAACUUCGGCAAGAAAAACAUGCAUUGAUGAAAGAUCAAGCCGAAAUGGAAACUGAUAUAAGAGUAAGAGAAGCAGUGAUGAGUACCAUUCCAUCCUCUUUUCCUGUCCAAGUCCCAGUGCUGGUUAAUGUAAACGAUACAAAGGCAUCGACGGAAAACACUAGUCAUCACAACGACUCGGUACAAAUACAUGAAUUAAAAUGUAAUUUGCAAACACACAUCGAGUAUCUUGAAAAAACUAUUACUGAAUGGCAAAGCGAAAACAGCACUUUACAACAAUUAUUUCAAAAAAGCGAAGCAAUGGUCCACUCUAAAAAUGCAGAGAAUUGCGAGUUGUCCAAACGUAUCGUCGAUUUCGAAGAUGCUAUUGAAAAUGAGAAGCUCAGAACCAAAAAGCUUGUAGAACUGGUCAAAGUAUUGAAAAAAGAAAAAAAGGAUAUACAGACAAGUCUAAGUAUGUCAAGGUCAUUUCAAAAUGGUAAAAAUGGAUGUAAUCGCUGCAGCGCAGAUGAGCAGCCAACACAAGAUCCAGUACACCUCGGACGUGUGCUUGAAAACCAUAUUACAUCCAUGACCAAAGAACAUUCAAAAUUGAAUGUAUCGUCUAUCCAUGAACAACCCGACAUGAAUUCUCUGUUGGUCAAAGCAUUCACUGAUGGUAAUGGAUCACAUGGAUUUGAAGCGGAAACACUUUUCAAACUUGUUCGCGAUAACGAAACCACUUCGCAGCAAUUGACAAGUCUUGGUCAAGCAAUCGAAGAUGUAAUUUUGAAAUCGCAAACACUCGACAAUGAAAACAAGACACUCAAGGAACGCAUUCGAUCUAAAAAGCUCAAGGCUCAAUCUAGAGAGUCUUGUUGGCUUGACAAGAUAAAGUCUUUAAAAGGAGAUUUGGCUAAAAGUAUAGACGACUGUGGUCAAUUGGAUCGAGUCUUGGCAGAUUAUGAGAAACAAUUCAAUAGUAUUUUAAUAUUCACUCGCAAUUUAAAUGUCGACUAUGCAAUGGAUGAUCCUAACGCUGGACACCCCUAUCCGUUUGCAUCAUUGUUUGCACAUGUGAGUAGUCUAAACACAGCAGCAACAACACAUGCAAGCUUACUGCAACAAAAACUUGUAGAAUUGCAGCAGCACAUAGAUGCCAAAGAAGCACAAUUACAGGCACAGAUAUCGGUAUCAGAUGCCGUAAGUCACAAGAGUCAAGAACAAACAGGAGAGAUUCAUGAUUUGCAAAAACAAAACGAGUUUAAAGAAAGGGAAGUUCAAAAGUUACGAUUAGAUAUGCAGCAGUGUGAAGAAGCCCGAAAGCAGAUUGAAGCUAAAUUAAAAAAGGUAGUUUCAGCAUAUAAAUCAUUCAUGUCUGAUCCAUGUUCUUCCAAGUAGUAGUAAAAUAAACGAG